AUGUCUUCCGCGCACCACGACGCCGCCAAGGUACUGGCGGAAGAUGGAUUUGACAGGACGCCCACUCCAAAUUCGCAACAGCUCGAGAAGCAUACCGCUGCAGAGGGCACAUUCGAGAGCCAGGUAGCCCAACAUCCAGCACCUCUGGCUCUUUUUCUUCUCAUGCUGGCCAUAUCCAUGUCCAUAUUUCUCGUGGCCUUGGACCGGACGAUUAUUACGACUGCGAUACCCCAUAUCACCAAUCACUUCCAUUCCUACAACGAUGUCGGCUGGUACGCGAGUGCAUACCUCAUCACCGCCUGUUCCUUUCUACCGACAUACGGACGCUUAUAUGGCAUGCUGAAUACGAAAUGGCUCUUCCUCAGUGGGCUCUUCUUGUUCGAGCUUGGAAGUCUGAUAUGCGGCGUGGCGCCUACGUCUCCGGUUCUCAUUGUUGGUAGAGCCGUUGCUGGAAUAGGAAGCGCUGGAAUUUUGACGGGGUCUUUCGUGGUCGUUACACGCAGUUCUCCACUGCGAAAGCGGCCCUUGUACGCUGGUGUUGUUGGAAUGAUGUUUGGAGUCGGAGCCAUUGCUGGCCCCAUUCUGGGAGGUGCCUUCACGGACCGUGCCACCUGGCGCUGGUGCUUCUACUUUAACCUACCUCUAGGGGGCUUGAUAGCCGCAGCGACUGUGGUCUUCUUCAAGCCGCACGAUGAGAACACUUCUGCCCGGCGCUCUCCGAUCCAAGUCCUUGUUCAGCUUGACCUUUUCGGUAAUGUAAUACUUCUGUCGACAGCGGUCAUGUUUUUCCUGGCUAUGCAAUAUAGUGCACAACCUCAUGCAUGGCAUACCGCUCGCGUCAUUGGUCUACUCGCCGGAGCGGGAGCUGGACUCAUCCUUUUCAUUGUCUGGCAAUGGCGGAGAGGCGAGCGAGCCCUUAUACCUCCUUCCAUCAUGCUUCAACGCAGUGUAGCCGCGGGUUGUAUCAACACCUUUUUCGUCUAUGCCACGCUUCUGACCCAGAUCUACUACCUUCCCGUCUGGUUUCAAGCCUGCCGGGACAACAGUGCGCUGGGUUCAGGCGUCAGUAUGAUCCCGUAUGCGUUGGGGUGUUCCCUCUUCACAAUCCUGACGGGUGCUUUCGUCUCGAAAAUUGGCUACUUCACACCUCCCGCAAUUGUUGGCUGCGCCAUUGCAACGAUUGGAUCCGGUCUACUCAGCACACUGGCAGUCAACACCGACUCUUCGAGAUGGAUCGGCUACGAGGUCCUUGUUUCGAUCGGACUCGGUAUGGCAAAUCAGCAAGGCUACGUCGCGGUGCAAAGCGUCCUCAGCCUCGACCAGAUCGCCGUUGGUUCCGCCCUGGUGUCCGCUUUUCAAAGUCUGGGUGGUGCCGUCUUCGUUAGCGUCGGCAACAGCGUUCUCCUUAACGAGCUCUAUGAUGCAGCACUGCCUGGUGUUGACAUCAACGCCGUCAUAGUCGCUGGUGCCACCGGAUUCCGUACGUUUCUUCCGAAAGAACAAUUACCAGCACUUCUCAAUGUGUACAACCAGGCAUUGCGGAAGGUUUUCCUCAUGAGCAUCGUAUUUUCGGGCCUGGCGUUCUUAGCUGCUCUCGGCCUUGAGUGGAGGAGUGUCAAGGGCGAAAAGGGCGAAAAGGGUGACUCGGAGGCGCUCAAUGAUCAAUCUGAACAAGACAAUCCAGGUCUUGGAUUGUAG